AUGGAUUCGGCUGCAUGGGACUCCGAGAGCGAAAGUAGUGGCGAUGAUGACGUUGUCAUCGCCAUAGUGCUGUGUGGGUUAGUCGUCGCAGCGCAGAAGAAGGAAGUAUGUAACAGAGGCUCCAACAAGGGCAAACGGCCAAAGAUUGACCGCAACCGUGCUCAGUACGACCUACUGCUGCGUGUAGACUACUUUGAUUCCGAGCCUACGUACGACGACAACCAUUUCCGAAGGCGCUUUCAAAUGCGGAAGAGUCUAUUCCUGCAAAUUGCGAACGAUCUGGCACACCAGGACCCUUACUUUUAACAGAAACCUGAUGUCACAGGUGUAUA